GAUGACAAAACAAAAAUCACUGAAGCCUGUUUUUGCUGACCAACAGUACAACCUGGCUUUGAUGUGAGCUGAGCUACAGUUUUAGCUGUUCGAUUGUUGAUUGCCAAAAAGGACGUUUGAGUUGCAACAGUAAUUAGCACUGGUGGGAGGGUAGAGACCUGAGGCCGGGUGGCCGAGCGUCCACAGUGCAAUUAAAUUCUGUUUAUGUAUAAGUUUAUGCCUAGACGGAGAAGAUGCAGCGAGGAAUAUCAAGGCCCAUCGCCUUUUUCUUAGGUGGCCUAAUGGCAUUAUUGAUGAAUAGGCUUACUUACCCAGAAACACAGCCUGCCAUGCAGCAUCAGCAGUUUGUCACUUCAGAGCACCUGAUGGAGAAUGCUGAACCUUUUAGAAAGAAGCCAGCGGAGGUGGCGAAAGAACCAGAUCAGAAGAAUGCCCCUGCUGGCGGUGGUGAGGGGAUCGUUGUGACGGACACAUACGUUCGUCCAAAGUUGGAGUGGGUCGAUGCAAACCACGCCAUGCCAUCCCAGAAGGAGGUGACGUCGACAUGCCAGACGCGCCUUUUGGUAUUGAUUAUGUCUGAUGCUAGGCAACAGUGGAAACGAGAUGCCCAGCGGGAAUCUUGGGCUGUAGACGUGGCGCGCUAUGCCACGCUCGGAGUUAACAAAGCCGACUUCAAGUAUGUUUUUAUCCUGGGUCGGUUAUUUGAUCAGAUUCCCGACAAGGUCGUCCAAGAAGCGCACAAGGCGCGCGACAUCAUUGUGUCCGACAUCAACGACUACGACAUAGACGGCGCGACGAACAAGUCCGUCUGGGCGCUGCGCUGGGCCCUGCAGCACUGCACGUUCACGCACGUCCUGAAGACGAUGGACCACGCGUUUGUCAACGUGCCCCUGAUCAUCAGCCAGUGGCUGCCGCGCAUGGAGGCGGGCAGCUACUUCGCCGGCCACCGUCUGACCGACGUGGUGGUGAAUCGGGAUCCUAAUCUGAACUGGUACAUAUCCGAGGAGGACUACCCCAAGUCCAAGUACCCUACGUAUCCGCAGCAGGACUAUGUGUUGUCCCGCGAUGUUGCCGAUGACCUCGUCAAGGUGAUGAACCGGACGUUCACACGCAUUUACUAUGAUGAUGUAGCCGUGGCGCAUGCGUUGGCGACAGGCAAGCCGAAGCUCUCCUUGCAGCACGAGCCGAACGUCAUCCACCUCUGCACGCCGGCUGUUUCUCGGCCGUACGUCGUGCUGAAGGUUUUGGAAGCGGCCGACAUGAAGAAAUAUGGAGCGGACAUGUUCAGCAAACAAAUUAUUUGCCAUUUGAGCAGGAAAUGAGCAGACAGCAGUAUUACAGAUGACAAUGUGUUUUUACGGCUUCUCUCCUCGUAUCGUCACCCCGCAUUCACACCGGGAGAUCUGAAGUUUUGUAGCGUCGCAUUGCGCCCCCCUCCUGUCACUUACUCUCUCCGUGUAAUGUAUAUAGCCCCCAGCCCCCCCCCCCCCCCCCCCCCUGUGUAUACUACCGUUCCCUGCCGUAUGUACCAUGCCUGCAAGAGCUGGUUUUUUUUCUAUUGUUCUUGAUGCUGGCCCGUUUGUAAUGUAAGGAGGUGUUUGCUCCCCCCGGCCCCGGGGCAAAAAUGUUUACUCUGCUUCGAAAUGUCCUGUCUUUUAUACCAACAUAUUUGCUGAUACUCAGAGGGGCAUCGAGAUUCUAUCCAGAUGACAUUAUAGUACCUGUACAAGUACGUGUCUAUGAACGGUUGCUUGCAUUUGAAAAUGUCUCGCAUGAAACACAUGUGCUAACAUAAUAUAUUAUUAUAAUGCG